AAUAUAAUAAUUAGAUUCCCCUCGUGUUGACAGUCUGUCUGUUUCAUCUCGUGGCUGUGCUUCUGCUACUUCACUUAUUCCCACUCCAUAACUUUCAUUAAUAAAAAUCAUUUUAUUAUUUCUUCGCAAAUCUCUCAUUUUCUCCGUCCAUGGCUUCCCUCGUCGAAUCUGGCUGGCUCUAUUUGAUAUCGCAUUUCAGCGAUUUUCAAUUGGCAUGCCUAGGAAGCUUUUUUCUUCACGAGAGUAUCUUCUUUUUAUCUGGGCUUCCUUUCAUAUAUCUUGAAAGGGCUGGAUGGCUUAGCAAGUACAAGAUUCAGACUAAAAACAACAGUCCUGCUGCUCAGGAGAGAUGCAUUACUCGCCUACUUCUGUACCAUUUUGGUGUAAAUCUACCUGUUAUGAUAUUCUCCUACCCUGUCUUCAAAUACAUGGGCAUGCGAAGCAGUCUUCCAUUGCCGUCCUGGAAAGUCGUCCUAACGCAGAUAAUAUUCUACUUCAUCCUGGAAGAUUUUGUGUUCUACUGGGGACACAGAAUUUUGCAUACUAAGUGGCUGUACAAGCACGUGCACAGUGUUCAUCAUGAAUAUGCUACUCCAUUUGGGCUAACAUCCGAAUAUGCUCACCCUGCUGAGAUACUGUUUCUUGGUUUUGCUACUAUUAUUGGUCCCGCCAUCACUGGUCCCCAUUUAAUCACUUUGUGGUUAUGGAUGGUGCUAAGGGUUCUGGAGACAGUUGAAGCACACUGCGGUUAUCACUUCCCUUGGAGCCUUUCCAAUUUUAUACCUUUGUAUGGGGGUGCUGAUUUUCAUGACUAUCACCACCGCUUAUUGUAUACUAAAUCUGGAAACUACUCAUCUACUUUUGUCUAUAUGGACUGGAUAUUUCACACCGAUGAAGGUUACAAAAAAUUGAAGGCUUUAAAGAGUUGUGGAGUCGAAAAUGUCAACAAGGAAAUAAAAUCCUAGACAAGAAUCUGUUUAUUGGUAUUCGUCAUACAAUCGUUCGAUUGUGCUGUGAAAAGUUAUGUCUUUCUUCUCUGCAACCGCUCUAUUCUGUUCAGUCAAUGUUCAUGUUACAGCGUGUGAUGGUGUGGAUCCGUAGAAAGCUUUUCUGGAAAUUUUGUGUCUUCUCUCUUGCUGUCCCGUUGUAAGCUUUUUCUAUUUAGGCAUUCAUAUACACUAUGCUGGAGAUUAGUUGAUCAAACUGUUCUGCAAAUGUCUUCUUUUGUUUAUUUCUUAAUAAUUUGAUUUCUUAGUUGGACCGAGUUAAUUGAGACGAUAAUGUUUCGAGUGAAGUGUUAAUAUACAAUGUGAGAGUUGACAUCGGA